AGAUAUCAGUGGUAGGUCUUCAGACAGUUCUGGAACUGAGACGGAUGACAGUUCUGACUGGAAACAGACCAGAAAACUUCAGUCACAUAACUGUCAAAAAAAUAGCAAUAUUGUUAGUUCAAGCAACUGUAACAUUGCUGAGGAACUAUUUCAUUGCUCUAAAUAUCUAAAAGCAGCUGGUCCCAUGAGCAUCUUCGAGCAACAUAAGGGGAGGCAAGCAAGCGGAAAACCAUUUAGCUGUUCUGAUCAGAGUAAAAGACACAAACAAAUGAGCACUCUGAAUAAAAACAGGGCACUUUAUACAGGACAAAAUCAGUUUGCCUGUUCAGAAUGUGGUCGAAGAUUUGGACAAAAGAACACUAUGGACAGACACAUGAUAAUUCAUUCAGGAGAAAAACAAUUUGUCUGUUCUGAAUGUGGUCGAAGAUUUGGAUUAAAGGGCACUCUCGACAGACACGUGAUUAUUCAUACAGGACAAAAACAGUUUGUCUGUUCUGUAUGCGGUCAAAGAUUUGGACAAAAGGGCACUCUGAACAGACACAUGAUAAUUCAUACAGGACAAAAACAAUUUGUCUGUUCUGAAUGUGGUCACAGAUGUGGACAAAAGAGCACUCUGGACAGACACAUGAUAAUUCAUACAGGACAAAAACAAUUUGUCUGUUCUGAAUGUGGUCGAAGAUUUGGACAAAAGAGCACUCUGAAUAGACACAUGAUAAUUCAUACAGGACAAAAACAAUUUGUCUGUUCUGAAUGUGGUCAAAGAUUUGGACUCAAGAGCAACAUGCGCAAACACAUGAUUAUUCAUACAGGACAAAAACCUUUUGGCUGUUCUGAAUGUGGUCAAAGAUUUGGACAAAAGUGUUCUCUGAACACACACAUGAUAAUUCAUACAGGAGAAAAACCAUUUGUCUGUUCUGAAUGUGGUCGUAGAUUUGGACAAAAGAGCCACUUGGAUGGACACAUGAGAAUUCAUACAGGACAUAAACAAUUUUGGUGUUCGGAAUGUGGUCAAAGAUUUAGACUAAAGGGCGGCCUGAUGAGACACAUGAAAAUUCAUACAGAACACAACUGGACACAAGGCUUGAGUGUCCUCAGCCCCACUGUGAAGGGGUUUGCUGAGAGUGAUCUUGGUAUGAGGACGUUUGAAAGAAAACAAACCCCAACUAAAAACUCCACAAAGUGCCUAGGCACCAGGGUGUGUGAGGAAAGCAAUGGCGCAGUGUCUCCCAGUGCUGUGGGGAAACAUCUCUCCUGUGGCAGCACUCAGCUGGAUAAUCCACCAGGUCAGCAUAGAUCUGAUCCUGGACCCCAGCAACGACAGCGUCAAAAGGUCAAAAGAAACAAAUGAAACUGCUACAUUGUACAUUGGUCCUUUGAGGAGA